CCUACCUUUCCCUCCCUCCCUCCCUCUUUCUUUCAUUCUAAGAUUUUCAAACAAUUAUAUCGUUCAAUUCAAAAAAUCAACUUGUUCUUUAACAAUUCAAUUUUCAAAUUUCAAUCACAGUUAGGGUUUCACUUUUCCGCUACAAGAUCUUACAAUAACUGAUUCUAUUAAAUGAAGUUGAAGAUCAACAAAGCCUGUGACCUCAACUCUAUUUCUGUCCUUCCUCCUCAGUCAAGGAGACUGAGUGCUAUACCGACUGGACUACAAACAUCACAGCUUCGAUCUCAACAAUCACAGCAAUCAUUUUCACAAGGAAUUUCAUCUCAGCAUGGCUUGUUUUCACAGCUCUCACAGACCUCUUUUGGUGAACCUCUGUCAAAUGAACAGAGAUUUAGUUAUCUGGAACGAGAGAGCUCCGUGAAGAAGACAUCUUGUUUGCCUCCAGUUAGCUAUGCGCGUGAAGAGAGCCAAAUGCCAAUCUCAAGAUCUUCUACCAAUGUAAUGCGUAGAUGGAAUACUGCAUCUGUUCCAGACCAUAAGUGUCAGAUAAAUGAAGAACUGGAGCACCGGAUUGGGAUGAUUGAAACUUCAUUGAACAAGUUUGGAAUGAUCUUAGAUUCUGUUCAGAGUGAUGUCAUGCAAGUUAACAAAGGCACAAAAGAAAUAUCACUGGAGAUGGAGGGUAUUCGGCAGAAGUUGGUUGCGCUUGAUGCCUCACUGCAGCUAAUGAUCACAGGACAAGAAGAUAUCAAAUCUAGCCUUGAUGGGAACUUGAAAUCUAUAUCUGAACGACUGAGGAAGGAUAUAUGUCAAGAUAAACUAAAGCAGAUUUUCUUGGUCCUUUCUGUCCUACCAAACCAGAUGGAAGCCUCUUUACUGAAAUUGCAACAAGAAAUCUGCAUGACCUUUACUAAAGAAAUGCAGGCAUCAGCUUGUAAGCUUAAAACCCCCAACCAAAAUAGUCCAUCUAUUACUGUGCUUUCACCAAAGGUCACUGGCUGUUAUGGCACUUCACAAAGAAAGCCACAUUUACUUAGAAAUCCAGCCAUACCUCCAAAGACCUCUGGUCAAACAACGGUGUGUCCAAAGAUAGAAAUGGGUGCUUGGAACACUGUAAGGCCAGAAAAAACUAAAUUCACACAAAAGGCAUCCUGCAAGGAGCAAAAGUGUAAAGAAGCUUCUUCUGUUCAAAAGGUAGUUCUUACUCAGGAAAGACGAUGUAGCGUUAUCAUUGAAACAUCAGAUGAGGAGAUAGAUGGAGGUUUUUCCUGCUUGAUCGAUGUGAAGGAAACAGGAAACUACGUGAUUGACGAAGCAACGGAAGAGUCUGAGCGAAUUCUGAGAAAAGCAAGAAGAAGAAAGAGAAAACACUGUAAUACUAUAAUUAUUAAUUGAAGGUAACUGCGCCUCUCGACUCUUAUAGCCCCUUUAUUUUGUGCUGCUCCGCUCGUGUUUCUUACAAAUCUUGCCUAGUUUAAUUGUACUCCCAAUGUUUAAAAUGCAAAAGCCGCAACCCCCAGCCCACCACCAUUUUCCUGAUACAAGGACAAAAGAGUCGAAAACCCUAGGCCCAUGAUGGUGUUUUCCUCGAAUAUAGGGACUUUUCUUCGAAAAUCUAAGAGCUGGGCCUAUCAUAUGGCAAUUCAAAGCCCAAUGGCAUCUUUCAUGGACAAUGGGCAAGCCAUCUCUAAGUCGAUACCAAAUCGUAUAGACUAUAGGUCACCAAUGUAACGGAAGUCCAGGAUUCUUCUGAUUAAAAAUCUAGAACCUUAUUUUCAUAGAGUUGGACAGGUAAAUAAAGGGUCAUAUUCUCGAUCUUA